UCACAUGAUACAAGUAUGACUGCAGCGGGGUCUGCCCUGAAACUCCCUCCCCCUGUGCAGUGCAUAACAUUUGCAGCUUUCUCGCUUGGUAAGCAAGGAGAAGGGCAGAAUGAUAUCCAACUAAUUGCUUUUACGGCCUUAGAAAUAUGAAAGAGAAACUUGCUGCAUUUUUAAAUCCUUUUUUGCCAGGACUAUCUUUGCAGGACAGCAAGAUGGAAGAUGAUGAAACCAGUGCAUUGCUACCAAAGGCGGACAAAGUGGACAUAUUUUGCCCCUCUAAUGCACAGGGCUCCCUGCUGAACCCCAGCAGAGAAAGAGAAUCAUGGCAUCUUAGGAAACAGACAAGAAAAUGGCACCUCUGCCCCUCUUCCCAUCACCCCCUGGAUUCUCUUAGCCACUGUGUUAAAUACUUGACCUUUGUUUGGAAUCUGGCCUUCUCCAUUACAGGAUUGCUCAUUUUGGCCAUCGGGAUCUGGGGUCUCUCCGACAAAGAGUCACUGGCAAGUGAGCGGAUCACUUAUUUGGGCAGCGACCCCAUGCUCUUUUUUGUAUUAGCGGGUCUUGUAGCCAGCACGAUCUCUCUCUUGGGCUGUCUAGGAGCCCUCUUUGAAAACACCUGCCUCUUGAAGCUUUUUACGGGAGGAAUCAUGGUGUUUGUGGUCCUGGAAACUCUGGGUGGCAUCGUUCUCUUUUCUCUGAGACACCAAAUCAAGACCUCCUUGCAAGAGUCCCUUACGGUGGCCGUGCUACGAUACCAGGAUGACCCAGAUCUCAAAUUCAUCAUGGAUGAAAUUCAGGUGGGCCUGCAGUGCUGUGGGGUGGAAUCCUACCUAGACUGGAAAACAAAUUUAUAUUUUAACUGUAGUUCUCCAGGCGUGCAAGCCUGCGGCGUCCCAUCUUCCUGCUGCCUGGAUCCGCUGGAAAACGGCACCAUCCCGAAUUCCCAGUGCGGCUUUGGCACCCUGGCCCUGGAGGAGUUUGUGGCUCAAAGCAUUGUGUAUCUCGGAGGCUGCGUUCCCCAGCUGAGCAGAUGGCUCAAUAAUCAUGCAGGAGCAAUUGGCUUGUAUUGUGUGCUUCUGAUUGUGAUUGAAGUAGGAAGCUUAUUACUGACCACUAAGCUCCUGGCAGGCAUUGCCCUUGCUAGGGCUCGGUAUUCCAGUGAGAGGGAGGAAACAUAUUUGCUCUCCUAUCAUCAGAGACAAAAGGGAUUUUUCUCAUGAUCUGCUGCAAACGUAAGAAUCCAGUUACAGGUAGGUAGCCGUGUUGGUCUGAGUCGAAACAAA